CAGUGGGCUGUACUGCAUUUUAAAGUGUUUUUGGAUCGUUACGCGGACAAAGCAUUGAUAAAAUAUCUGUCCAAGAACAUUCAGGAUACAAAGAACUCCAGACAACAUGAGUUGUGGAAAAUCAGAUGUGAUCAAGGAGCUUUAUACCGUUUUACACCGUUUGUGCCAUUGAAGAGAUGGUUAGUCUAUACCUCACACCCUCAUUGUCAUUCCCAUUAAAAACCAAAGACGACCUACAGAGCUGAGAUAUUAUUCUAAAAAUCUUCAUUUGUGUUCAGCAGAAGAAAGAAAGUCAUACACAUCUGAGAUGGCAUGAGGAGGAUGCCCAAGGAAUCAAAUGAGUCCUCCAAAGAGGAGCAGAUCAAGAUUGACAAAGAUGGGAUGGAGGUAGCUGGAGACUUGACAGAACAAUCAGAAGAGAUGAUCGGGAAGAGAAUCAGGAGACAUACUCCCAGCCCUCACAGACUCACCCCACAGUCCAGUCCACCCAGGUUUGUCUCAGUAGAGGAACUUAUGGAGACUGCCAAAGGAGUAACUAAUAUGGCACUGGCCCAUGAGAUAGUGAUGAACAGUGCUUUUCAAGUGAAAGCUUAUGAGCCAAAAGAGGGAAGUUUGGAGAAACGGGUCAAGGAAAUUAUGCAUAAAGCAUUCUGGGAUUGUCUUGAGUCACAGCUGACUGGGGAUCCACCAUCGUACACCCAUGCUGUCAUACUAGUUGGGGAUAUUAAAGAAACCCUGCUGUCUUUUCUGUUGCCAGGACAGAGCCGACUGAGAGGGCAAAUUGAAGAGGCCCUGGACCUCUCAUUGAUCAAGCAGGAGGCUGAAAACGGGGCCUUGGAUAUCAGUAAAGUGGCUCAGUUCAUCAUUGACAUGAUGGGCACUGUUUGCGCACCCUGCCGGGACGAGGACGUCAAGCAACUUCGUGAAAUCACUGACAUCGUACCCCUUUUUAAGUCUAUAUUUGCAGUGCUGGACAAGAUGAAGUUUGACAUGGCCAACUUUGCUGUUAGCAGCCUCCGACCUCAUCUCUUACAACAGUCAGUGGAAUACGAGCGAAAGAAAUUCCAAGAGUUCCUGGAAAAACAGCCCAAUGCUUUAGAUUUCACAAAGAAAUGGCUCCAGGACACAGCAGAUAUUGUAACUGGCAUAGAGGGAGAAGGUGGAGCAGCGUGCUCACCAAAUUCUGCCCAACUCCCUCGUACUGUGCACAAUCAUGCCUAUUUACGCCUGUUAAAAUGGGACCAUGAUGCAGAGUCCUUUCCUGAGACUUUUCUCAUGGACCAGUCCAGGUUUCAGGAGAUGCAGCAGGAACUGGAACAGCUGGCAUUGGUGGCAACAGUCUUGCUCAUAGUGUAUAACAGUGCUGGAGAGGCCAUUUCUGGACUUCCGGGCCUCAUGGAGAGACUCAAGAAAACCAUUAAGAUUCUAUUAGCGGAAAUGUACACACCGUCCUUUAAAGCAGAUGAUACCUUUGCUGCCAUUGGAGAGAAGUUGUGUUUGGAGCUCAAAGGAUGCUUGUCUCAGCAUGGCUUUUCCCCGUUUUCUGCAGACAGAGAGAGCACUUUGAAAGGCCAAAUUGUAGCUGUCAAGUCCGCAGACAACCCCAUCCGUAAGGUCAUUGAUUCCCGAAUCCAGAGUUACCUUCUGGGGUUCCUGGAGUCAAGCUUUCACAAGAGUGCCCCAGCCCUCCCUGGGGGUCUGGCACCCAUCAGCAAAGAGUUGGAGGAGAUUGCUGUUAAGCUGGGACGUUUGGUGACUUUCAACAAACUAGUGUAUUCUCCUUUCUACCAAAAGAUCCUACAAGAUAUUUUGAAACAAGGGGAAAGUGUUGAUGUGUAAACAAACAUCCAAGAUACUAAGCACUUAUGGUCCUGGCUUUUACAUGCUAUCUAUUGUAGCUACAUAAUAAUAAUAAUAAUAAUAAUAAUAAUAAUAAUACGCAAAUUAUAGUGUCUAUGAAAUACAGUACCUAAUUUACCCUUGAAUGCUCACAUGCUAGCACCGUUACCAAGGGAGUUUUGUCAUUUAUGAACAUUCCUGUCCUCAUCUCAUUACAUUCUAUAUCAGGAAAUAUUUAUGAAUGUAUCCAGACAGAGAUUUGCCUAAAGCUUGGAUUACUUUUGGAUACAAUGGUUAAUGGUUACAAAAGUCUACUGAAUUGUAAGAGAGGAUAAUUAAGUAAUUUCAAAUACUGUUACUGUGUGUAACUAAAUAUUUAAAUAACUGCUUCCAGCAAUAUUUAGAUUAAUUUUAAAUUUGCUGUCAAGGCCCAAACUAUUGUGAGGUUUCUGGCUAAUUUGGUUGGAUUGUGGUUAUAUCUGUGGGAAAGCAUGUACUGUGUUUGACUGUUGCCUUAGUUUGUGAAGUGCCACCCAUAUUCAAAUGCACCUUUUUCUCUUUAUUGUUAAGAUUAAGUUGCUUUUAACCAGCUGAAUAUUCCCAUAUUGAAGUCUUUUUACAGAUUUUUUUUUUCUUCUUAAAACAUAAUGUUUCUAUCAAUGCUGAUCCUGUUUUACAAAAGAUACCUAAACUACAUAUGUAUUUAUUUAUUUUUUUAAUUUUUUACUUUCAUUAACCUCUAAUGUUUGUCUUAUCAAUGCAGUAUUACCCACAGUUAUUUUAAACAGAAUUGGCACAUUCUUUCAAUUAUAAUGUUAAAUGUGUACAUAUAUGAAGCACCCACAUUUUUAUGAGAUGAUUCAUGUGCAUUUGCCAUAAACUACACUGUGCACCACCUUCCACCACUGUGUAAUCAUUAGUCAUGUUUUUUUCCCACCUACUUUGCAGACUUAGUGUUGUGUGUUGUUUCUUGUGAAAUAUCCAUGACAGCUUUUAAAUGAUAAGCUUCUCCUAAAUAAACAGGUCUUUAACCAUGCUUUUUGUCUUGAACAUACAACUUUUGUAAAAUUAUUGUGCACAACUAUUAUGUAUUAAUAUUUUUUUUUUAUAAAUUAUACAGUGGCAAGAAAAGUAUGUGAACCCUUUGGAAUUAGCUGGUCUUCUGCAUUAAUUGGUCAUAAAAUGUGAUCUCAUCAUCAACGUCACAAGGAUAGACAAACACAAUGUGCUUCAGCUAACAACACAAACAAUUAUAAUAUUUCAUGUCUUAAUUGAACACUUCCCAUUAAACAUUCACAGUGUUGUGGAAAAAGUAAGUGAACCCUUGGAUUUAAUAACUGGUUGAACCUAUUUUGGCAGUAAUAACAUCAACCAAGCAUUUCCAGUAACUGCAGAUUAGACCUGCACAAAAUUCAGAAGGAAUUUUGGACCAUUCUUCCUUACAGAACUGCUUCAGCUCAGCCAUAUUCUUAGGAUGUCUGGUGUGAAUGGCUCUCUUGAGGUCAUUCCACAGCUUCUCUAUUGGGCUAAGGUCUGGGCUCUGACUGGGCCACUCCAAAAAAAUUAUUUUCGUUUAUUGAAGCCAUUCUGUAGUGGAUUUACUUCUAUGUUUGGGAUCAUUGUCCUGCUGCAUCACUCAACUUCUUUUGAGCUUCAGCUGGUGCACAGCCACCCUGACAUAAUCCUGCAGGAUAUAUACAGUUGUGCUCAAAAGUUUGCAUACACUGGCAGAAAUUGUGAAAUGUUGGCAUUGAUUAUGAAAAUAUAACUGAUCAGGCAAAAAACAACUGUCUUUUAUUUAAGGAUAGUGAUCAUAUAAAUUUAUUUAUCAUCACAU